AUGAGCGGGGCAGCGGCAUAUAUAAAGGUGGACGUGAAAUUACCCAAAGAACAUAUUAAUGUUCUGACGGGGUACCUGAGAGUGUUCACGUUUCUCGGAUUGGCGACGGCGAGAUGGAUCUCUAACCAGUUUGGCCGCCACAAGACGAUUAUGAUGGCAGGGGCCAUGUAUUUCGGCGGGCCCCUUCUCAGGGGUUUUUCCCCCACCUAUUCUGUUUUCUUGGCCGGCCACUCUUGUGCCACCUUCGGUGCUGGCUUCGCCCUCAUGAUUGUCUCCAUCUACGCGGCUGAGGUUUAUCCUAUCUUCUUCCACGACCUCAAAAAAGUGAUAAGGAUGCUACAAAAUUAUGAAAAGAAGAAACGAAAAUGA